AUGCCGGCGAGCAAAAAGGAUAUUCGCAAGAACGAGCAAAAGAAGAAGGAAGCGCUCGGGAUCAAGUUGGAUACGACCGCGGGUGGUGUACGUUCUCCGGUCGGCGGGACCGCGGAAGGGGGGGGAUGGGUAGACGAGAAUGCGAGGUUACUGAUCCGAUUUUUUGAACUCUGUGGGGUGUGGGUGUGGGUGUGUUUUGCAGGUGUUGAAGAAGGCGCCUAAAGCGAUGUUGACCUGUACGGUGUGCAAGCAACAGUGCGUCGGUCUUCACUCCCCUCCCAACCUUCGCACAGCUCACUCCUGUCUCCCCCUCCGAACCGGCUGACAACUCUCCCUCCUCAUCCCUUUCAACUCGAUAGACUGGUCGCGUCGAUGCCGAUCAUGUUGCGCGACCACGCCGUCAACAAGCAUCCGAAACAGACGCCCAACGAAUGUUUCCCCGGAGCGACGAUCGCGGCUUAA